UAUUAUAAUAUAUGUUUUUUUCUGUAAGAUCUUAUCUGUGAAUAUAACUACGAUUAUCCCAUUGAUUCAAGCUAACUAUGACAUCUCUUCGCCGCACUCCGCCAGCCUCUUCAACAGGGAAUAUGUCCCAUAAGAACUAUGACUCUGAUACUCUUUCUGAAAGAGGAGGCAAUGACUACGUUAGGCAGAAACGUAGGCGACAAAGUGAUGAGGACAUUAUAAUGCUAUCUAACAAAAUCGACCAGUACUUCUCCGAACUAAAACAACAAAAUGCUGAACUAAGGGACAGUCUACAAUUUAUGUCGGACAAAUAUGACACCACCCUAAAUAUGAUUAGCAAAAUGGAAGAAAAGAGGUUAGAGGACAAAAAACAAAUUGCAAAGCUCGAAGAAAGACUAGAGUUUAUGAUAGCCAGCAUAGAAAUACGCAAUAUACCAAGUUCCUCCAAGGAAAAUAAGAAAAAGGAAACGAAGGAGGAUAUUUGUGAAUUAGUGCAAGGAUUUGCUAAAACUUUGAGUGUUAGUCUAAAUGAAUCUGAUAUAAAGGAUGUCUAUCGAGUGACUACAAAUAAGGAAACCAUAAAACCAAUCAUUAUUGAACUAAAUAGACCGAGGAAACCUGUAUAUGUAUCGGAGGUUCUGACAUCCAGGACACAAAAAAUCUACCAUAUGGCACGGCAGUUUGUAAAAGAUUACAAUUACUCUUACUGCUGGACCUCUAGAGGCACAAUCUAUAUACGCAAAACAGAAGGAGAACAAGCAAUUCGCAUUGAAUCAGAAGAAGAUCUAAAUAAGUUAAAGUUAAAGCAAUGACUACAAA